AUGGACGAUCCUAGUAAGACGAAGAGUGAGAGCGAGUGGAGGGCCAUUCUGUCCCCUGAGCAGUUUCGUAUCCUGCGACAGAAGGGCACUGAGCCUGCAGGCACCGGGAGAUAUGCGCACUUCAAGGGCGAGGGUGUCUACACCUGCGCCGGCUGUGGCACCCCUUUGUACAAGAGUACUACGAAGUUCGAUAGUGGUUGCGGCUGGCCGGCCUUCUUUGACGCCAUACCCGGAGCAGUCAUCCGUCAUGAAGACCGUUCCCUUGGUAGAAUUCGCACGGAAAUUACGUGUGCAGCAUGUGGAGGACAUCUCGGCCACGUCUUUCAGGGAGAAGGAUUCCAGACACCCACGGAUGAACGUCAUUGCGUCAACUCCGUCUCAUUGAAAUUCGCCGAGGAUCAGAACCUUUGA